AUGGCAGAGUUUUCUGAAACCGCUGAUGGCACAUUGGUGAUAAUGGUGUGUCGAGCUAAGCAUCUACCCAACAGAAGAAAGCUCGAUAAGCAAUCGCCGUAUGUGCUUCUUCGCAUAAACACAACCGCCAAAAAGACUCCGAGUCAUUUCAGAGCAGGCCAAACACCUGAAUGGACGUUUGAGAUCCGGUUUAAGCUUGGAAGAGAACGGAAACCGAUUAUGAGAUUGGAUGUCUUGGAUGAGACAAAAAGCGAUCCAACUCCCAUAGGAGGCACAGAAAUAGACUGUUCACGAGUAUUCCUGGAUCCUGCCAAUUUGCAAGAGGGAGGAAAAUACAUCUGGGACAGCUGGCAUGACCUAGAUUUCAGAGGGAAACAAGCAGGCAAAAUCUACUUGGAGAUGACAUUCUAUCCCAGUGCCCCCGUUGUUCCUCCCAAAAUCGGCUUUCUGCAUACUUCAGAUGCGCUUGAGGAUGUAUCUGAUGAUGAAAGUCCAGAGUUUCGACACCUGGCUCCAAGCCCGAAUCGUUCGCCAAUCAUGCAUGACGUGUUUGUGAGUGGUGAUCAGAAAAAAGCAAACAUUUUUCGUCGAUCUGAUCCAGAACGUCCCAUACCCCCAGUAAAAAGUGCCUCUAGCGAUGGUAAAAAGGGAGGAACUUUCGACAGACUAAGAAACAAGUUUCGCUCCAAGGAGGCGAUUUCUACGUUGUGGGCGAAUGAAAACAAACCAAAGUCUUCAUAUGUUCAAGAGCUUCCUGUUCAUGAUCACGAAUCCCUCAACUUUGCACCUCUCCCUGCUGUUACUCUAGAAGACAUAGACACUGGUGCUCCUCCCCCACCUCCACCCCAUUCAGAGUUCAGCGUCUUUACAAAGAACCUGUCGCCAUCUGAAAGAAAUCAUCAUAGUCCUGAGCGCAUUGUCCAUGGAAGAAUGUCACCUUUGCGUGACAAUCUACCACCACCUCCUCCUCCGAAGAGCGGCCUGACUUCACCAACUCCUCUCAGUCCGACCCGGAGCCUUGUAAAAAGCUCGAGCCGAAGUCCGGGUCGAAGCCCUGGAAGGAAGCCUCCACCAGGCGCAACGGGUUUUGAGAAAUCUACAGAAAUCCCAUUCUCCGCUGAAAGUUUCGGUUUGGACGACGAGGAGGAUCAUUUGCCUACAGCUGUUUACCACAUGGGCGAGCAAGUCAAAUCACUCACAUUCCAGUCACCUAAUAAAAAAGAGCCCAGCUCCAAUGAUGACAUUGAUCCCAAACACUACGCUCCAACUCCUUCUGAACAUUUGGCGAAGAGUCUCCGGCUUCAAAACGGACAAAUGCAAUUCAAAGAUGUUCAAGUUGAUCUUAAGACUGAACAAACUGGAUAUUUAGGAGAAGGCAAGUGGGACACUCAACGGUUCUCGCCCAGUAUAUUUGACCGCAUUCAUGAUGAAAGCUUGAAUCGACAAGAGAAGCCUUCAGUUCCACCCAAAAUCCCAAAUGGAUUAUCUGAAAGAGAGUAUUACGUUCUUGAAAAGGAAAACUACUUGAAGGAUCUUAAUGACAGACGUACAUAUUGA